UGAUGCUGCAGCCAAGAUGGCGCCGUCGGUGGCCGCGGUGGCCUGAACGUCAUGCUCCGGGUCCUCGGCAGCGGCGGCGGCUGUGGCCUCGGCCGGGGCUUCGAGUCUCUCCCUGCCGUGAGCGCCCAGGCAUCUCUACUCCUGCCGGGCCUCCCGGGACAGAGAGGAGACGGCCACGAAGAGAGGAGGCAGUGAGCCCCAGCGAGAGCGCGGCGCCACCCGCCCCGGCACCAUGGCUGGGAUCAUCAAGAAACAGAUCCUGAAGCACCUCUCCAGCGUUCCCUGCUGGCUGUGGUGGAGAUUGGUGUGCUGUGAAUUGCAUAAUCACCCAAAUGAGUACCAGAAGAGUCUAAGAAACCCUGGCAACUGACUACUUGCUUUCACCAGGAAUAGGUACCUUUUGUCUGAAUAUCCUGCCCUCAGGUUUACCAAAAAUUUAUCUCCUGACAAGAUAAAUCUAAGUACUCUUAAAGGAGAAGGUGAACUGAAGAAUUUGGAGUUGGAUGAAGAGGUGCUCCAGAAUAUGUUGGAUUUGCCCACGUGGCUUGCUAUCAACAAAGUUUGUUGUAAUAAGGCAUCCAUUAGGAUCCCAUGGACAAAGUUGAAAACACACCCCAUCUGUUUGUCCCUGGAUAAAGUAAUAAUGGAAAUGAGUACAUGUGAAGAACCACGAGCUCCUAAUGGCCCAUCCCCAAUUGCAACUGCUUCAGGACAAAGUGAAUAUGGGUUUGCAGAGAAAGUAGUUGAGGGAAUUACUGUUUCUGUGAAUUCCAUUGUUAUCAGAAUUAGAGCAAAAGCCUUCAAUGCAUCCUUUGAACUUUCUCAGCUGCGAAUCUAUAGUGUAAAUGCCAACUGGGAACAUGGAGAUUUAAGAUUUACUCGUAUUCAAGAUCAACAGAGAGGAGAGGUUUUAACAUUUAAAGAAAUAAAUUGGCAGAUGAUUCGAAUAGAAGCAGAUGCUACCCAAAGUUCACAUCUUGAAAUUAUGUGUGCUCCUGUUCGAUUAAUAACCAAUCAAUCAAAAAUCAGAGUCACGCUUAAAAGAAGAUUAAAGGACUGCAAUGUCAUAGCAACAAAGUUAGUUCUAAUACUUGAUGACUUAUUGUGGGUUUUAACGGAUUCCCAGUUGAAGGCUAUGGUACAAUAUGCAAAAUCUCUUAGUGAAGCAAUAGAAAAAUCAACAGAACAAAGGAAGAGUAUGGCUCCUGAACCUACACAGAGCUCUACAGUAACCCCAUCUACCCAGCAAGUGAAGACACCACAGACUUCAAAUGCUCCUGAUCUAAAUGAUGCAAUUGUGAAACUGUUCAAUGAUUUUGAUGUUAAAGAAACCUCCCAUCAUUUAGUGAUUUCUCACUUGGAUCUACAUAUCUGUGAUGACAUUCAUGCUAAAGAAAAAGACUCAAACAGACGUAUCACUGGGGGUGCUAUGCAACUCUCUUUUACCCAGCUAACCAUAGAUUAUUAUCCUUACCAUAAAGCAGGAGAUAGUUGUAAUCAUUGGAUGUAUUUUAGUGAUGCAACCAAAACAAAAAAUGGAUGGGCCAAUGAGUUGUUACAUGAAUUUGAGUGUAAUGUUGAAAUGCUUAAACAGGCUGUGAAGGAUCAUAAUAUAGGUUCACCUCCUAAAUCCCCAACACAUGCCUCUCCCCAGCACACACAAACAGAGAGAGAUACUACUCUGAAAGGGACUUCCAGAACACCUUCAGCAUUAUCUCAGCAAUCAAAAGCUAAACUAAUGUCUAGUUCCGUUGUGGUUAGACUUGCAGAUUUCAAUAUAUAUCAGGUCUCUACAGCAGAACAAUGUCGCUCUUCCCCUAAAAGUAUGGUCUCCUGCAAUAAAAAAUCACUAUACCUUCCACAAGAAAUGUCAGCUGUCUAUAUAGAAUUCACAGAAUAUUACUAUCCAGAUGGAAAAGAUUUUCCCAUUCCAUCUCCCAACCUGUAUAGUCAGCUGAAUGCACUGCAGUUUACUGUGGAUGAAAGAAGCAUUCUGUGGUUAAAUCAGUUUCUUUUGGAUUUGAAGCAAAGUCUUAAUCAAUUUAUGGCUGUCUACAAAUUGAAUGACAAUUCAAAAUCUGAUGAGCAUGUAGAUAUUCGAGUUGAUGGCUUAAUGCUAAAGCUUGUCAUUCCUUCUGAAAUGAAAUCUGAGUGUCAUCAAGAUCAACCACAUGCAAUUUCUAUUCAGAGUUCUGAAAUGAUUGCCACAAAUACAAGACACUGUCCAAAUUGUAGACAUUCUGAUCUAGAAGCUUUGUUUCAAAACUUCAAAGAUUGUGAUUUUUUUAGUAAAGCAUAUACCAGCUUCCCCAAAUCUUGUGAUAAUUUCAAUCUUCUGCAUCCAAUUUUCCAGAGACAUGCUCAUGAACAAGAUACCAAGAUGCAUGAAGUCUAUAAAGGAAAUAUUACUCCCAAAUUGAAUAAACAUACCCUUAAAACUUCUGCUGCCACAGAUGUUUGGGCUGUAUACUUUUCUCAGUUUUGGAUAGAUUAUGAAGGCAUGAAAAGUGGAAAAGGACGACCAAUAAGUUUUGUAGACUCUUUCCCUUUAUCCAUCUGGAUUUGUCAACCGACGAGAUAUGCUGAGUCACAAAAAGAAGAGCAAACUUGUAAUCAGGUGUCUCUCAAUACAUCACAGAGUGAAUCUAGCAAUCUGGCUGGCCGAUUAAAACGGAAAAAGCUUUUGAAGGAGUAUUAUAGUACGGAGUCUGAGCCCUUGACAAAUGGUGGUCAGAAACAUUCCUCAUCAGAUACUUUUUUAAGAUUUUCUUCAUCAUCAUCGGAUGCAGAUAUUCAUAUCCUGGUUCAUGUUCAUAAGCAUGUCAGUAUGCAGAUCAAUCACUACCAGUAUGUUUUCCUGCUUUUCCUCCAUGAGUCACUUAUUCUGCUUUCAGAGAACUUAAGGAAUGAUGUCGAAGCUGUGACUGGCACUCCUGCCAGUCAGACAUCCAUUUGCAUUGGACUUUUAAUUAGAAGUGCAGAACUGGCUCUUUUGUUACAUCCAGUGGAUCCAGCAAAUACUCCUAAGUCUCCUGUUUGUGAAAGUGUGAGCCCAGUGGUUCCUGAUUAUUUGCCUACAGAAAAUGGAGAAUUUUUGUCUUCAAAAAGAAAACAAACUAUUAAUAGUAUAAAUCAAAUUAGAAGUGUAACUGUUAAUCAUAUGUCAGACAGUAGAUCUCUGAGUGUUGACCUUAGCCAUGUCCCUUUAACGAAUCCUUUACUUUUUAAAUCAGCUAGUGAUACAAAUCUGCAAAAAGGUACUUCUUUUUUGGACUGUUUAUCAGAUAAACAUUUAGGAAAAAUUACUGAAGAUGAAAGUAGUGGACUUGUUUACAAAAGCGGCUCAGGGGAAAUCGGAUCAGAAAUAAGUAACAGGAAGGAUUCGUCUUGCACAGAUUCAAAUAGUGUCUUAAACUACAGAGAAGACUCAAAUGUGCUGCCAUUUGACAAUAGUGGUAAUCACAACAUACUUUCAGAAAGUUUAACUAGUAAAGGAAAUGAAACCAUAGAAUCAAUCUUUAAAGCUGAAGAUUUGCAUCCAGAAGCAACUUCACUUGCUGAGAACACGGAAAUCAGCAAAGAAGAGGCAUCCACAGUUAGAACACUUAAAUCACAAACAUCUUUAAGUGGAAAGCAUAAGGAACGCUGUAGCCCCAACCUGGCUCCACUCUAUGUUUCUCAAAAGAACAUGAAAAGAAGUUCCUCACAAGUCUCAUUGGAUACCAUUUCUCUUGACAGUAUGAUCUUGGAAGAACAGUUGUUAGAAAGUGAUGGAAGUGAUAGCCAUAUAUUUUUGGAAAAAGGAAUUAAAAAAAACUCCACUCCAGAUUACCAGAGCCCACCAGAGAGUGUAAACACCAGUGCAAAUCUACAGAAUUAUGGUGAAACCUCUCCAGAUGCCAUCAGUACAAAUUCAGAGGGUGCUCAAGAAAAUCAUGAUGACUUGAUGUCAGUUGUGGUAUUUAAAAUUACUGGUGUAAAUGGGGAAAUUGAUAUCCGAGGAGAAGAUACGGAAAUUUGUCUUCAAGUGAACCAGGUGAUACCAGAUCAAUUAGGCAAUGUCAGUCUUCGGCAUUACCUUUGUAAUCGUCCAAUUGGUUCAGAUCAGAAAGCUGUAAUUCAUUCUAAAUCCUCGCCUGAAAUUUCUCUGAAGUUUGAAAGUGGGCCUGGUGCAGUAAUACACUCUGUACUUGCAGAAAAAAAUGGAUUUCUUCAAUGCCAUAUAGAAAACUUUAGUACUGAGUUUCUUACAUCUUCUCUUAUGAAUAUUCAACAUUUUUUGGAAGAUGAAACUGUUGCAACUGUAAUGCCAAUGAAGAUACAGGUUUCAAACACCAAAAUUAAUUUAAAAGAUGACAGUCCUCGAAAUAGUACAGUAUCCUUGGAACCAGCUCCUGUAAUUUUACAUAUUGAUCAUCUUGUGGUAGAGAGAAAUGAUGAUGGCUCUUUUCAUAUCAGAGAUUCUCACAUGCUUAACACUGGAAGUGAUUUGAAAGAAAAUGUCAAAAGUGAUUCAGCGCUGCUGACCAGUGGACAGUCUGAUCUGAAGAAGCAACGUAGUGUCACUCAAGCCACUCAGACAAGUCCUCAGUCAGUUAAUGUUCCUGAGUUCUCUUUUGACUUUACUAAGGAACAGCUCAUGGAAGAAAAUGAAUCUCUUAAACAGGAACUGGCUAAAGCUAAAAUGGCUCUUGCAGAGGCUCACUUGGAAAAAGAUGCUCUUCUUCAUCAUCUAAAAAAGAUGCCAAUUGAAUAGCAAAAAUGGCAGUUAAAACUUGCAUUACAGCUUUGGAGAAGGAAGGUUAUAUUUAUUAUGUGGAUGUUACCAGUUACUGGAAAACUUGAUUUUCCAUAAAAAGACAAUAAAAUGAAAUGGAAUGUGGUAAAGUGAUGACUAUUCUAUAGGUAGUAUAGGUAUGGAUAUAGGUACGGGUGUUAAAUUUUUUGAUUAUUUUUUGUUUUGGGGUUUAACACUCUUUUAAGCUGGUACGAUGAUCUAGGGAAGUCAAUUCAUAUUGUAAAAUAAUUUCAUGUCUAAUGAAAAGAAGAUGUCAUUUCCUAAUUUUGAUAUCUCACUACACACAUUUUUUGAAAAGAAAAUUGAAAACUUAUUGUGUUCACAUAAUUGCUAAAGUUAUUUCUCACAAUUUGUUAAUAAUUUAUUAUUAUUUACAAGGAUUCAAAUGCUCAUAGGGCUAAUAUAAAAUAAAAGGAAGGUGGUAUACAUUUUAAAUGUUAUUAAAAUUAUGUGCUUAAAUCUGUGAUUAUUUAAUUACUAUAAAAAGCCCAAUCAAAUUAACUAAUUAUAUAAUUAAAGGGUUUUCGAACUCCGGAAAAUCAUUACCCUACUGAACUUACUAAGUAACUUAAAAAUGUUUAAAAAAAUAAAAAAGAAAAACUUUAAAUGAUGGGUAAACCGUAUAAGUGGAAACUAUAAUUUUCAAUGAGAAGAUGGUACAGAUGUAAAAAUAAAAAGCACAAAGUGUAAAAAAAUCAAAUUAAUAGAGUUUAUGGCCAAGUGAUUUAAAAAGCAUUACUUGUACAUUCCUUUAAACAUUUAUUGCUAGAAGUAAAAGAGUAAUUUAAUCUGCUAAAUUUGGCAGCAUUUGUAACUGUAAAACUUUUAAUUAAUACUGUUUAUAUUAUUUCUUUAUUAUGCCUCUUUAAGGAAAAUGUUUUUGGAGAAUUUGCUUUACAUGCACAUAAAACAAUUUCAUAGCAUUCUUAUAGUAUAGUAUCAUAUUAAGUGUUUGCACAUACUGAAUUUAUAAAGCUAGUUUUGAUUAAAGUUCUAUGUUAUAUAUAUAUAUAUAUACAGUCUUAUAUUAUGAGAGUCAUUGGUACAUUUUGAAUUCUAUUUUCUAGGGAUUAAGGUUGAAAACAUGAGAGAUAAUUUCAAUCUUGCAUUAUGAAAUAAAAAUACAUGAGUGUUUAAGAAACAGAGGCUUUUAAAGAUUUUAAAUAUAUUUCUGAUAGAAUUAAACUAAGUGGUGUCUAUUUUAAAAUUCACAAUCUUAAAUAUAUCCAAGAUAAGACAUCAAACAGCUGGACUAUUCUUUAAGAUACUUGAAAAUUCUAGACCUCAUUGUAACAUUUUAUGGUGCUUUGCUUCUUUGGCAUGACUUCUGUAGCCAUCCCUGUAUCUGAAUGCUUGGGAGAAUACAUAUUUCAUUCACACUAAGUGUUGCAGUGAUUUAAGUUUUAUUGAAAACAGUAUUUCAUUUCUCUUUCUUCUGUGUCAUCCAUUUUCAUUGACAUAACUUAAAAAUACUCACUGUUUUGGUAACAAAAUAUAGACAAGAACAAAUUAAAUUGUUAAUACUUGACCUCAAGAUAUGUUUAAAAUCCUGUUAAUGUAAAACUAUAUAAUAUCCUUAGAUUAAAUACAAAGGUCUAAUGAAAAGAUUUAAAAUGUAUAGCUUAUGUCCUAAGUGGAAAACUCUUCAUUGGUAGACAUGUAUUCAGCAAAAGCAGUCUCUAUUGUGGAAAAGGACUGGUGGGACCUUAACUUUGGAGUUUACAGUGUUUUUCAGGACUGAGGUGUUCUACAUACAAUUAAAUUUUUUCUGAUUAUUUAGUAUUAUACAAGCCAGAUGUUUUCCUUAUUCUUAACUGUAUUUGGCUUUCCCAAGAAAAUCAUAUAAAUAGUAGAAAGGAUAAUAUACUGAAUAUUAUGUAUGCUUUGUUUUUUUCCAGUAGAGGUUGGAAAUUCACAAAACACUUCCAAAAACAUCAUAUUAUAUAAUUUCCAAAGCUAACCCUGUGAGAUAGAUCUAUAUAAUCCAAUUAUUAGAAGUUUAAAAAAAGUACCCUAAGACUCAGCAAGGUCAAGUGACUUGACUAAAAUCACAAUUAGUACCCUGGUCUUCAUGCUUUAAUUUUAGCUUGGCCAUUGAUUGAUGAUGUUGCCUGGGCAGGGAUAAAGAGGGGAGGAAGGAGGAAGCAUUGUCUUAGCCCUGUUUUCCUUUCAGAGAUGACCCUGAUACUUUUAAUUGUGUGUGUGCUUGCACGCGCAUGUGCAAUGUAUGUUACCUUGUGUGUAUCAUUGGAACUACUUAGAAGAUAAUGGAACAAUUUUUGUUUCAUUAUGGAAACCCCAAGCUAUUUAGCAGUGCAAAAAAUACAGGAAUAAUUUUUUUAUGGGAUUUCUAUUUUUAUUUAUUUUCAUCUACAUGACAGGUAAAGUGAUGGGGGAGCAGAGGUUUCAGACAGACAGAUAUUUCAUCUUUGGGUUAUUCUGCAAAUAUCCAAACAGCCAGAGCUGCCAGGAUGAGGCCAACGGUGCAGAACUCUAUAUAGCUCUCCCAUAUGGGUUACAGGUACCCAAGCACUUAAGCCAUUAUCUGUUGCCUCCCAGGAUGUAUUAGUGGAAGCUGGAGCUAAAUGAUCCCAGGCAGUCUGAUCAGGAAUAAAUUUUUAAUAAACUACUAGUGUUUUUUAAAAAAACUGAGCAUCAAUUAGAAAUAAAGUUGUCAUACCUUGAAUUGUUUUUUGUUCAAUCUCUAGUAGGGAGAUGUUAAUGACUGGGGCAGAUAGUGUAAUUUGCUUUAUAUUUAUUUUUGUUUAUCUUUGUUUUAGGCUUUUUUCCUUUAUUUUUCAUUGGCAAGUUAAAAUUGAAU